UGUGUCUGUGUGUAUCUGUGUGUCUUUGCGUGUUGUCAGUCUGUCUUUCUGUGUGUGUGUUUGCCUCUUUCGUGAUGGCAUAUUGUGCUAUGCGCGUUUGCGGGAAUAAUAUCUACAGUUUCUUUGUACGUUAUGUAGUAAACAACCAUCAUGGCGGCAGGCCUGAACCUCCAGCCUCAGACCGUCAACGGUCGCCUGAAACUUGACCUGAGUAACCAGGGUCUGACGUCCAUCCCGGAGGAGGUGUUUGAUAUCACUGACCUGGAGUUUCUAAAUGUGUCUAACAACAAACUAACCAGCAUCCCGGAAGCAAUCGGCCGUCUGCAGAAACUUUACCGUUUGAACGCUGACGGCAACAUGCUGACAAGUUUGCCACAGGCGAUCGGUUCCUUGCAAAACUUGCAAGAGUUAUACGUUUAUAGCAAUAAUCUAAGUGAGUUGCCUGACGGGUUGGAAGCUUUACAAAAGCUGGAAUGGCUCUUUGUUAGGGAUAACAAGUUAACAAAACUUCCUUCAAAACUGUUUUCCUGUGUAAAACUUGUAAACUUUGAUGCGAGCAACAACAAGCUUUUCACCUUCCCUCCCGGUGUGGAAAAGCUGCAGAAACUGACAAAACUGUACAUAAAUGGUAAUCAGCUGACGGAGGUGCCAUCAGGUGUGUGCUCGCUCCCUAACCUUGAGGUGUUACAUGUCGGUAAUAAUAAACUCUCCACCUUCCCUCCUGGGGUGGAAAAGCUGCAGAAACUGAGAGGACUGUACAUAGAUGAUAAUCAGCUGACGGAGGUUCCCUCAGGGGUGUGCUCGCUCCCUAACCUUGAGGUGUUAGGUGUCGGCCCAAACCCCAUCAGACGUCUCCCCGAUGACGUCACACGACUCACCAGGCUGAAGACUCUCAGUGUGCCCAGCUGUCAGUUUGAUGAGUUCCCCAGACAGGUGCUGCAGCUGAAGACACUGGAGGAACUGUAUGCUGGACAAGAGUGCGGGCGGAAGUUUGACGUUGUGCCAGAUGAAGUGGGAAACUUACAACACCUGUGUCUCUUGGCAUUGGAAAAUAACCUCCUCAGAACCCUACCGAGCACCAUGAGUCACCUGAACAACCUACGGGAGGUUUACCUCUGGAACAACAAGUUCGACACGUUCCCAGAAGUCUUGUGUGAAGUACCUGCCAUGGAGAAACUGGACAUAAGGUACAACAACAUCACAAGGCUCCCAACCGCCCCUUAACCGAGCAGACAAGCUGAAGGACUUGGAUGUGUCUGAAAACCCCCUGACAUACCCUCCACAGGAAGUGUGUGAACCAGGGACCGGCGCCAUCAUGGCCUUCCUGAAACAGGAGGCUGAGAAAGAAGGAGCAAAACAAGCUGGACAGGAGGAGGUGAAGGGCUCGGCAGCAGGUAGAGGAACUGAGGAAGUCCACGUCGCACCUGUACAAGUCAUACCUGUACAAGUCGCACCUGUUAA